AGAAUAUGUGAGGGAAGGAGUGCUUUUUUGUAUAAUUUGACCAAGAAAUAUUGUUAUAUUGCUUAAUUGUGCUAAAAAAUCUGAUUAAGAACCGCCUGAAGAAUAGUUCAAUGCUGGAGUUUUCAUGGAUUUAGAUGCCAAGUCUGCCGCCUUUUCGCUGCGUAAAUACUCGAAGUCUCUAGACAGGGCAGGAACCGCAGGAAUCAGGGCAGGAACUGAGUGGCCUCCCUGCAGGAAGUGAAGACAAAAAUUGUGCCAAGGUUAUGUAACGUGGAAAAAAUGCAUAGCAUAAAGACAGCGUAUCAAAUGAUUUCAGAUGAGAAUUUCUAUUUGUACAAAGUCCGGGAAUCAUCGGAAUAUGAUCACUUCUCCACGCUGUCCGACGAGAUGAUUCUGCAUGUCUUCAAAUGGCUGCCGAAGAAGACACUGAUGAAAUGCAGUCUCGUGAACAGAAGAUUCUUGCGCCUCACGCAGGACGAGACUCUGUGGGCACGCAUGGAUCUGGCCGGCCGAUCCUUGCGCCCCGAGGCUGUUGGUCGCGUGAUUACGCGUGGAGUGAUCAUAUUGCGUCUGGCGCAGACGAAAAUCAUUGAUCCCAUAUUUGAGCCGGACUUCUUCAUUCGCUUCGAUCAAUUCGAGAGCAAGUUGCAGUAUUUAGAUCUGAGCAUGGCCAGCGUCACUGUCGCAAGCCUGCACCAGCUCUUGAAGACAUGCCGACAGCUGAGGAAGCUGAGUCUCGAGCACCUGCAGCUGAGCGAUCGUGUGUGCGAAGAGAUUGCCCAGAAUACCAACUUGGAGGUGCUCAACCUGGCUCUGUGUUCCGGCGUGAGGAGCAGGGGCCUCAGGUCCCUCCUGACGCGCUUAAAUAGAUUGCAGAGUUUAAACAUUUCUUGGACUAACUUGGAGACUGAAUCUGUGGCCAUACUUGUAGAAACAAUGUCUCUGACCAUCCUCCGACUCAAUAUUGCUGGAUGCAGAAAAACCCUGACAGACGAGCAUCUCAGCACAUUGGUGGAUCGUUGCCCAAACAUUCGCGAGUUGGAUGUGUCGGACUGUAAUUUGCUGACUGUGGAAGUGGUCAGAAUCCUUAACGGAUUGAGGGAGCUCGAGUACCUGUCGCUCUCGAGGUGCUACAACAUUUCCGUAUACGCUCUGAUGGACUUCCAGUUCAUGCCAUCGCUGAAUUACUUGGACAUCUUUGGCAUGCUCUCUGAUAACCAACUGAAAGUGAUCAUCAACUCCCUGUCGAGUAUUGGAAUUAAUAAAUUCAUCAACAGUGCUGUGGCCAGACCCACCGUGGGAACGCGUCGGACGUCCAUCUGGGGCCUGAGGACGCGAGAUUGAGAAAAUUUGUAAAGAAUCAAACUCGGAAAAAUUGUGAAAUAAGGGUUUUGAAUUACUCAAGGAAUUAUACUGAUGA